UUCUUUAAAGUGGGUUAAAUUUUAUAUUACUUUUUUUAAAGCGUUUUUGUAAGUUGCCUCACAUGCAUGUCCAGUUCAAAUCAUGGUAUUCUUCUGCGCGAGAUGUGGUUUUUUAUGUUGGAAGAAGUAUAUGCGUUAAGUUAUUUGGCUUUAAGUUUGUGUGUGUUUUUUUAUUUAAACACUAACUGUAUACUUGUUUGUUAAGGUAACAGUUCCACAGAAGCUGUUUCAUCAUGAGCCGUUUCUUUGCCAGAGGCUCUGAUUCAGACAGUGAAACUUCCUCUGAAGAAGAAGAAGUAUUAGUUCGUCCUCAUAAACCAGUAGUUGCCUUCGCAGUGAGCGACGAUGAAGAUGAUGUGAAACGUGUGGCACGACCAAUUAAGGAGAAACGAUAUGAAGAGGUCACUGGCCUCAUCAAGAAUAUCAGGAGCUUUAAGAAGAACAAGGACAUGAUCAGCAUGCUGUCUACAUUUGAGGAUCUGACACGUGUUUAUGCAAAGGCCGUCCCCUUCAUUGUUGAGGAGAGUGGAAGCACUCCUAAAUUCUAUCUGCGUUGCCUCAGUGAAAUGGAGUUAUUUGUCAGCACACUGUGGGCCGAUCAGGAAGGAAGGAAACGAAUGUCGAAGAUAAACUCAAAGUCGUUGGCAUGCCUGCGGCAGAAGCUGCGAAAAUACAACAAAGAAUUUGAAGCUGAAAUUAAUCUAUUCAAGGAGUCAUUCGAAGAAGAUGGGGAAGAGAGUGAGUCUGAUGUAGAUUUGGAAGUAAAAUCACAGUCAAACAAAAUGGUUGACUUUGAUUUGACAGUUGCUGAUGCACCUGUACAACAGAAGUCGUCUGGGGAUGAAAGUGACGAUUCCAUAGAUUGGGGUUCUUCAAGUUGUGAAUCAGAGAGCAGUGACUCCGAACAGUACGUUAAUCGCAGGCAUGAGUUUUUUAGAAAGCCAGGUAAAGAGGUUGAAGUAAAAGAUAAGAAGGACAAGGCAAAACAGAAAAGGGAUAAAGAUCGCAAACAGCACAAGGCUGAAGAUGACCAAAGUGAUGGAGAAUGGGAGACUGUCAAAGGUGGUGCUAGUAUACACAUAGAAAGAGAAACUUUGUUUUCUAAAGAUGAAGAAAUAACAUCAGAUGUUCUGGUUAAUAAGUUACAUGAAUUCUUGUCAGCUCGUGGUAAGAAGCGCACUGACCGUCUUGAGCAAAUCAAACUAUUUAAUGAACUUCUCAACAUAGCAGAAGCAAAUAACUUGGGUGUUGUAGUUUCCAUCAAAAUAAAACUUGCAGUUAUAUCGUCUUUAUUUGACUACAACCCAAAGAUUUUGGAUGCCAUGAAACCAGAGCAUUGGUCAAAGCUGUUAAAUGUAUUUGAUGUGACAUUAGAUUUGGUGUUGUCUGUUUCUGAUAUUCACAUUCAAGAAAACAUCCCUGAUGACAGAGAAGAAUUCGAGAAGCCUCCUUAUGUAAUCCGGGGUUGUAUUCUCACAGUUUUGGAACGGAUUGAUGCUGAAUUUUUCAAGAUGCUUAAAGAAUGUGACCAACAUAGUCAAGAAUAUGUUACUCGACUAAAGGAUGAAAUAGCGGUUACUAAACUUAUUGAAAAAGUGGAGAAGUAUUUACUGAGAUUCAAUUCGGGUCCAGAACUUUGUCGGUUUUACUUGAUAAAAAUCAAACACAUGUAUUACAAGUAUGACGAGAAUGUUGUGAAGCAGAAGAGAGGAGAGAUACCAGUAGAUUAUGCCACGAGCAUUAAUUUGAUGGACGAGCUGUGCAAGUUUAUUUACGUUCACGACGAAGUGGGUCGCCUGCGUGCUCAUGCCAUCCUGCACCAAAUUUACCACCACGCCCUCCACGACAACUGGUUUGAGGCACGGGACCUGUUUCUCAUGUCCCACCUUCAGGAAUCCAUCCAGUUCUCUGACACAGCUACACAGAUAGUGUACAAUCGCACCAUGGCUCAGCUGGGCUUGUGCGCAUUCCGCCGGGGUAACGUGGAAGAAGCGCACAGCUGUCUUGUCGAACUGGUCUCCUCGGGGAAGAUGAAGGAACUGCUCGCCCAGGGUAUAGUGAUUCAGAGGGGCUACGAGCGUAGCAGGGAACGCGAGGUGGUCGAGAAGCAACGCCAAAUGCCCUUCCACAUGCACUUUAACCUGGAUCUUCUGGAGUGCAUUUAUUUGGUCUCUGCAAUGCUCUUGGAGGUGCCCUACAUGGCUGCACACGAGUACGAUGGUCGCCGCAGGAUGAUAUCAAAGGUUUUCUACCAACAGCUACGCUCUAGCGAACGCCAGUCCUUGAAUGGUCCUCCUGAGUCCAUGCGCGAGCACGUGGUCGCGGCUGCAAAGUCUCUGAGGAACGGCGACUGGCGUGCAUGUACCAAUUACAUCAUCAACGAAAAGAUGAACGUGAAGGUGUGGUUCAUGUUCCACGAGGUGGAGAAGAUGCACGCUACACUGGUGAGGCUCAUCAAGCAAGCAUCCUUGGAAACUUUUCUGCUGACUUAUGGUCACGUGUUCGACAGCAUCUCCCUGCAUUCUCUCUCUGGCAUGUUUGAGCUUCAGCUACGGGAGGUGUAUGCCCAUAUCAACAGGUUGGUAGCAGAUGAAAUGGUGGCAGCCUCGGUGGAUGGCACGAAUCAGUUGAUGAUCAUGCACCGCAGUUCACAGACGAGUCUCCAGGCCUUAGCUCAGCAGUAUGCUGAUAAAAUAUCUUAUUUUCUUGAAGCCAACGAGAGAAUUCUGGAACUCAAAACUGCCAAUUUCUAUCGUGGAGGCAACUACCGUGAUCGUCAAAACUGGCCUGGUCAGGAAUGGAGUCGUACAAAGCGUGACGGCGGGACUCUGAACUACCAUGCCUCGAAUUAAAACAUUUUUUUUUAAUUAUUGCAUUUCAAAAUUGGAAGCUUUUUUGCUUGUACAAGGUUUUGUUUUAUGUAACUAAUGAUUUAAAAUAUAUAUUUGUUUCUUGAAUUAAAACUUCUAUCAGGUAUGUAGUUAUGAUAUUAAUAUCCUCUCAUUAACUGUUGAAGUGUCUGUACAAUGAAAGUGUUAAAAUUGUAAAAUAUUUAAUUUGCAGAAAUGGAUGUAUACUUUCUGAACAUGUGAACAUUUGUUUCUCUUAUUUAAAACUUUGAGUAAAUUUUUGUUAUUUAAUAAAAGAAUAAAUUUAUAUAUGAAUA